AUGGAACCCUUAAGAAACUUGCAGAGCUGGAUCUCGAGUAAGGUGAUCAUCGAGCGAGAGAAGAAGAGGGCCCAACUCUUGAACAAACUGAGUAGUCUAAAGGAUGCACAAGCCACACUGAUUGAGCCACCCUCCGUCCACAACCUGUCAUCCAAACAGCUGACUGACGACCAGAUUAAAGUGUUUCAGCACGAAUCAGGCUACAACACAGGGGACGCACACCCAGUGGAUUUUAUCGCUGCUUUUGAAGCGACACUCUCAAAGGCGAAGGCCACAGAGGACACCAAGAACUCGAUUCGCCAACGAGUCGCAUCACUCAUCAUAUCCCACAAGCCACGCCGAACCAUCUCCUCAGCCGAGGUAAAUGCCAUAAGAGAAUUAAAGAGGGAUGAAGACAUUGUGAUUGUCCCAGCAGACAAAGGACGGGCAACCGUGAUCCUGGACAAGUCAGAGUACGUAGCGAAAGCUCAGGAGCUACUCAACGAUAACCAGUCAUACAAGUUCAUUGACUCCGACCCCAUGAAAUCACUGGUGGCAAAAAUCAACAAGAGUCUGAGUCUACUGAGGAACCAGCAGGCAAUAUCUGAGACCGAUUGGCGACAAAUGAAACCACAAGAUGCUGCCAUAGCACGCUUCUAUGGUCUGCCAAAGAUCCACAAGCCAAACGUUCCCUUACGGCCAAUUGUGGCGCUGAAGGGCACACCUACCUACGGUCUGGCUAAAUGGCUUACCAAACAUCUGAAGAAGCUGACGGAGGGCUCAGAACACACAGCUGUAUCCCCAACACACUUCCUGGAAAGACUCCGAGGCGUCAAAAUAGCCCCCAAUGAAAUAAUGGUGUCCUUCGACGUCGUCUCUCUUUUCACCUCCAUCCCUAAAGAAUUAGCCACGAGGGUCAUAAGUGACCUACUGGAGAGGAGGUACGAUGAAGAGGAAAGACGUCUGAAAAGGAAGCACAUAAUGGAGCUACUGGACUACUGUUUGAGCACGUACUUUACGUUUAAUGGCCAGGUGUACGAGCAAAUUCAAGGAACUCCGAUGGGAUCACCAAUCUCCGGCUACCUAGCUGAGACGGUUCUACAAGAACUGGAAACACGGGUCUUUCAGUCCUACAUGCCAAAAUUCUGGAUGCGCUAUGUGGAUGACACCUUUGUCAUCCUACCUCGAGACAUGAAAGAGACGUUCAGAAGCAAAUUGAACUCAAUUUUCCCCCAAAUUCAAUUCACAAUGGAGGAAGAAAAAGACGGAGAAAUCCCCUUUCUUGAUGUCCAGGUGUCGAGACAGGAAGACGGAGCCCUCCAAACUGGUGUCUUUCGAAAGGCGACCGAUACGGCGAAAAUCCUCCAUUACGGCAGUAACCACCCCUUGUCACAUAAGCGCAGUUGCGUGCGGACACUCUUCCUACGCAUCAACACACACUGCAGCACAGAGGCUGAAAAGCUGCGAGAGCGUAAAUCCCUAUGGCGUCUCUUUCUCUCCAAUGGGUACCCACGUAGCUUCAUAAACAAAUGCCUGUAUCAAAGGCACACGAAGACCGACGGUGAACAAAAACAAAAACCUAAAAUCUUCCGUGCUUUGUCCUACGUGAGUGACGUUUCCGAAGCCGAAGACCUACCAUACUUCCAAACAGUUGUUUCGCCGAUUUUACACCGCUGCAUGAUGCAUAUGGUGGACGAAACAAAGAUUUGGGCUUUUAGAUGGCACACUAACUGGGAGUGCAAUGAAACAAUCACUGAAUAUAAAUGCAUAUAUAACGGCGAUGAGGAACGACAGAGAGUGCGGGUAGAUUGA